UGCAAAAGUUAGACUUAAUACCUAUGGUUAAAAAAAACAAGAAAAAUCGAACAUGUAAUAGAUGUGGUAAGACCAUAGAAACACCUCAAAAACUUCAAGAACAUCUUGAAUGUAAGAAUCCUUGUUGGCCUAUUAAUCAAAUACCUAAAAUAGUAUCCAAAAUUAGACAAGUUACAGAGGUUAAUAACUAUGAUACUUAUCAAACUUUGCCAGUAGCUAGCAAUAGCAAAUCAGAAAUAAAAGGUCUUAAUGACCGAUUACCUGGUGAAGCAGUCUGGAAAUGGGCAGAAUACAAAUCACUUUAUGUCGAAUUAUUGCAAAUGGAUGAUGAAGCAUAUGAUAAUAUAGAACCUAUAGAAAGGACGAAAGAAGAACAAGAAUUCUUUGAAGAAGUUGAAGAUGAGACAAAUAGGCAAGUAGAAAAUAAACCUACUAAAAAUCAACAAUCCAAAAAUCUAACUAAACCAUCUAGUAAUAAAAAUGAAUCCUUGAUUAAUAAAGAAUUUGAACAUCUUAGUAUGAUUACUGGAGAUAAUGAGAGGGAUAUAAUAUUUCGAGAACAAAAUAUGG